CGUUGUUGGGAGGCGGCAUCGGGCGGAGAGCUGCUGUUAGUUUGCGCUGUGUUUAUUGUUAAGGUUGUGUGGAUCAGCACUGCGGUACCAGCCGGACUUCAUGAGACUCGCAGCGGGCCUCAGGGGGAGGAGAGGCAUUGGGGUCUGAUCUCACUUCCUGGGAUGAUCGCUGGAGUUUCUGGUAGAAAAAAUCCACAGAAGAAAACAUGAACGGAGGAACGCUGAAACGCCGGCCAUGAGGAAACACCAGAACUGAUCCUGAUCCUACCUUCACCUGCCUCCACGUCGGCCCGGCGAUGGCCAACUCGGUGGCUCUAGUGGUCCAAGCGGAGCUGCUUCCUCCUCAGUCCGCCGCCUCGCUGUCUCCGUUCCCGUCGCUGCUCGGCUCGGCGGAGGACUGCGAGGACGAGCGGCAUCGGGGGGAGCUGGUGGAGGCCGACAAGGGCGUGGCGGAGGGCGGGGAGGAGGUGGUCCUGGACAUGGUGUCGGCGCCGGCCCGGCAGCCCGAGCAGUCCGACCAUCCCUUCCAAUGUCUGGACUGCGGUAAGAGCUUCAGGUGGUCGUCCAGGCUGACGCAUCACCUGAGGAGCCACAACAACGAGAGACCUUACCGCUGCAACCUCUGCCCCAAGGCCUUCAAAGGCUCCUCGGCUCUGCUCUACCACCAACGGUCUCACUCCGGGGAGAAACCUUAUAAAUGUCAGGACUGUGGAAAAGCCUUCAAACGCUCGUCUCUGCUCCAGGUCCACCAGAGUGUCCACACCGGGGUUCGGACCUUCUUGUGCCCCUUCUGCCCCCUGACCUUCAAGUGGAGCUCCCACUACCAGUACCACCUGAGGCAGCACACCGGGGAGUGUCCGUAUCCCUGCGACACCUGCCCCAAGGCCUUCAAGAACUCCAGCAGCCUGCGGCGCCACAAGAACGUCCACCUGGGCCUGAAGCCGUACACCUGCUCCGUCUGCAACAAGUCCUUCACCCAGUCCACCAACCUGAGGCAGCACAUGAGGAUCCACACCGGGGAGCGGCCCUACAUCUGCAGCGUAUGCGGCCGCAGCUUCACGCAUUCCUCCAACCUGGCGCUGCACAAGAACUCCCACGCCAACAUGAACGCCGCCGGCAAGGAGGCGAAGAGGAGCGAGGGCGGGAUGAAGGCCGGGGACGUGGUGGAGGUGGUGGUUGGGGCGGAGGAGGUGACCUCCUCCAUGCUGACGGACAUGGUGGGGUUCGUGAGCCAGGAGGGGGCCGAUGGAGUCGGGGUGGGGAUGGAGGAGGUGUUCCUGUCCACCGCCUCCUCUGGCCAGACUCCGGGACUCCUCCCCCAGCUCACCCUCACCCCCUCUGGGGAGGACGUGUGCACGUCCAGGGCCAUCGGGACGGAGGUCCACCUGAGCACCGACACCGGCGCCAGCGUCCUGCUGUAUAGCUGUGGCAGCUGCAGCCACACCUUUGGCACCAGGACCGACCUGGAGGAGCACCAGGCCAUCCACAUGGCCCCCGAGGAGCAUGGGGCCGGGGGGGAGGCCGGACACGGAGCCGGGAUGGAGGUCGGAGACGGCCUGGUGGGAGCCGGACACCUGCUGGCCGACUUUGAGGAGGUGGUGGAGACGACUACGGUGGCUGACAGUGGACACACAACAGAAGUACUGCUGGGAUUAACAGAAGGAACAGAAGGAAGCAGCACGAAUGUCGGCACCACCCAGGCCCAGUUUGACCUGCUGCAGAGCUUCACCGAGGUGACUCAGAGCUCUGAGGCCGCUCAGCCGGAGGCCAGAACCACAUGGGCAGGGCUGUCAUGUGGCUACUGCAAUAAGACCUUCAAGACCAGCGGAGGCCUCAACAGACAUGUGUCGCUGAUGCACUCCCUGUCGUCCCAGUCCCGCUCCCAGUUCAGCUGCUCGGCCUGCGACCGCUCCUUCCCCCUGCUGUCCUCCCUCCUCACCCACCAGCACUCCCACACUCCGGAGCAGCGGCUGCUGGCCGAGGCGGAGGCCGAGAUCGUCUGUCCCCCGUCGCUGUCGCUGUCGCUGCCGCUGCCGUCCUCGCCUGGCCGGGCCGACAAGCAGCAGGAGGGCCGCAGGGAGAUCCACGUGGACAUCAUCGCCGUCGGGGAGGAGCAGGAGGAGCAGCCGGUCAAAGCCAGCAAAGCUCACAAGAAGACGGGACCCAGCAAGAGCGCCGCCGCCGGAGAGAGGCCAUACCGCUGCUCGGAGUGUGGAAAAGCCUUCAAAGGUUCGUCGGGGUUGAAGUACCACAUGAGGGAUCACACUGGGGAGAGGCCCUACCGCUGCACCGAGUGUGGGAAGAGCUUCAAGAGAUCCUCGCUGCUCUCCAUCCACCAGAGGGUCCAUACGGGGGUCCGGGCCUUCCAGUGUCCUCACUGUCCUCUCACCUUCAAGUGGAGCUCCCACUACCAGUAUCACCUGCGGCAGCACACAGGUGAGCGUCCGUACGUCUGUAAGGAAUGCGGGAAGUCCUUCAAGAACACCAGCUGUCUGCGGAGACACAGUCAGAUGCACUCAGGUCUGAGGCCUCACACCUGCUCCGUCUGCUCCAAGUCCUUCUCCCAGACGUCCAACCUCAAGCAGCAUGAGCGGACCCACUCCGGCGAGCGUCCCUUCCAGUGCACCCACUGCAGUAAGAGCUUCACCCACUCCUCCAACCUGCAGCUGCACCUCCGCACCCACUCCUCACGCAAAGACUUCAAGUGUCCCUUCUGCUCCAAGGAGUUCGUCAUGCACUCCUACCUGCAGAGACACAUCCGGACGCACGGCGGCGGCGUCUCCCUGCAGGCCGGCGGCGGCGUUAAGGACGGCGUGUCGGUGAAGGCGAGCGUGGGCGGGGUGACCACCACCACCACGCUGCUCAACCCCAUCACCCUGGAGGCGUCGGGGAGCAGCGGCAGCCUCAUCGUGUCCCAGCCGGCGCUCAACAUUCCCCCCAACACGUCCCAGAACUACUUCAUGAUCCAGACCGCCAGCGGCCUGCAGCUCAUCCCUCUGUCCGCUCCAGCGCCGCCACCGCCGCCUCCUCCUCCUCCUCCGCCGCCUCCCUCGCAGCCCCAGAACUUCCUCCUCCUGCAGUGUCCAGCAAACAGCGGCGGCCAGUCCAGCCUGAUCCUCGUCCCCACGGCCGCCAACCCCCGUCGGCUCCGGAGAACCUCCCCGUCCUGCAGACCAUCCAGACAUUCCAGCCGCAGAUCGCCCAGUUUCCCUCCGUUCAGCAGCAGCAGACCAGGAUCAUCAUCACCAACAACAACAACACGCACGCUCCUGUUGCCACGGCGACGCAAAGCUACCUGCUCAACCGGCCGAUCCUGGGGAGGAGCACGAGGACGGCUCGGGGUCGACGGGGACGGAAACCCAAAGCCGCUCUCCAGAAACCAGCAAAUCCUCCGGUGACUAACGGCCAUGCCACAGAGUCGCCACCGCUGCCGCCUCCCGUAUCCACGACAACGGACACCUCAGGUCCCCCGCCCAGCGUCGCCCCGGCGCCCGCCCCGGAGAGCCGACCUCACCCCGCCUCAGAGCAGACGAGGACGGAGGACGGCGUGACGGGGAAGCAGUUCGUGUUGUGCUUCGAUAACGAGGGCCGGGCCAAGCAGGGGGUGAGGAUGGGGGAGGAGGGGGAGUCGUACGUGCUGCAGUUUGAGGGAAACCCGACCGAGGGGGAGGCGGACGGAGGGGUGGGCGGGGACAGGAAGUCGCUGGUGCUGCAGUUCAAAACGGACGGCGAGGGGGGGAAGGGGGGAGACAAGGCAGGGGUGAUGUCACUGCUGCACCAGUGGGGGGGGAGAAGGCGGGGGAGGCAGCGGGCGGCGGCGGAGAGGAUGGGCGGGGGGAGUCGUACGUCCUGCACUUCCAUACCGAGACGCAGGGCGGCGCCGUCAGCGGAGGCCGAGAACGAAGCCUGCAGCUUUCCUGCUCUGACGCCCAGAGCCUGGUGCCUCUGGACGGGCAGGAGGUGGUGUUGGAGCUGGGCGGGGCCGCCAAGAUGGAGCCAGACGUCGAGGAGGGGAUGCAGAUGAUCGCGCUGAUUGAGGGCGAGGGAGGGGUGAUGACGGGGGAGGAGGGGGCAGGGUGCAGCGAUGCGGGUGGCGGAGGUGGCGGGGUCACCGAGGGCGGAGCGGCGACGGCGGCGUCCAUGGAGGGAAUAUUUCAGCUGGAGAGCGGAGACGAGAUCGUCAUCAUCGAGGUCAGCACCAGCAGCCUGAGGGAGGGCAGGGUGGAGCGAGGAGGGGAGGCGGAGCUCCCACAGGGGGGGAGGCGAAGGACAAACCCAGAAACCAAGAACCCGACGGAGCUCAGAGCGAAGACGCCAUCAGAAACGGACCUAUCGGCAAAGAGAUGCCCUAACUGAGGAGACGGAGAGAGUGUGUGUGUGUGUGUGUGUGUGUGUGUGUGUGUGUGUGUGUGUGUGUGUGUGUGUGUGUGUGUGUGUGUGUGUGUGUGUGUGUGUGUGUGUGUGUGUGUGUGUUAGGGAGGGGUGAUGUCACUGCUGCACCAAUGGGGGGCCGGGAGGAGUCGAACAUCCUGCACUUCCACACGGAGAUGAAAGGCCAUCGGAAAAUGAAGCCUGCAGCUUUCCACAAAACGACAAAAACAAGACAGAAUGUGACAAAAUCGAGACACAAAAUGACAAAAUCAAGAUACAAAACGACAAAACCGAGACACAAAACGACAAAACCGAGACACAAAACGACAAAAUGAGACACAAAACGACAAAGUCUAGACACGAAACAACAAAAUCGAGACACGAAACGACAAAACCGAGACACAAAACGACAAAAACCGAGACACAAAACGACAAAACCGAGACACAAAACGACAAAAUGAGACACAAAACGACAAAGUCUAGACACAAAACGACAGUCUAGACACAAAACAACAAAACCGAGACACGAAACGACAAAACCGAGACACGAAACGACAAAACCGAGACACAAAACGACAAAACCGAGACACAAAACGACAAAACCGAGACACAAAACGACAAAAUGAGACACGAAACGACAAAAUCUAGACACAAAACAACAAAAUCGAGACACAAAACGACAAAACAAGACAGAAACAAAAUGACAAAAUCGAGACACAAAACGACAAAAUCUAGACACAAAACGACAAAAUCUAGACACAAAAUGACAAAAUCGAGACACAAAACGACAAAAUCUAGACACAAAACGACAAAAUCUAGACACAAAAUCGAGACACAAAACGACAAAAACAAGACGGAAACAAACAAAAUGACAAAAAUGAGACACAAAAUGACAAAAACAAGAGAGUGUGUGUUAGCGUGUGUGUGUGUGUUAGCCUGUGUGUGUGUGUUAGCGUGUUAGCACUUUAGCUGAGUUCUCCAGGACUUAGGAGAACGUGAACAGGUUGUUGUACAGCCAUGGUGCCUCCUACUAGAAAUGUUAUACAUUCAGACGGCUGCACUUGGACCUGCGUGUUCGGAAAUCUUUCGGUUUAAAUUAUACUGUCGCUGGCAGUCUGUUUAUCCAGUAAAUAAAUGACUUUCUCCACCGUGUUAAUAGGAACUAAUUAUUAUUAAUAAAUCUGUUAAUACCUUUUA